CCCACCUCUAUCUCUAACAGCCUUGUCUACGCGCAAUGCCGCCUUGAAUGUGCGCAAACGCCGGCGCAUUGAAAUUGUUUGUGCGCAAAUAUUCCUAAGAAAGAAGAAAAGAUCUUCUAUAUGAUGGACGAGCCCUCGGCGCAACUACACCUGGAGAUCCGCGACGCCGUUGUUCGCGCUCUUGCAACGCGCCGCCCAAUCCUCCACCACCUCAAUGCCGAUACCUCCUGGCUCCUUCAAAUACCCCGUCCGGCCAACGCAGUCAAACAUGGCGCCCGCAUAUACUACAACAUCCUGAUCGAUCCUUGGUUCGUGGGCGGGCAAAGCGAUGUCGCAAAGUGGUUUAGCCAGCAAUGGCACGCGACGGAGAGCGCGGUAAAGAGCAUUUCCAAAGUGGAGGAACUAGCGCGGCAAGUCGAGAUUCUCGCCGGAGGCUUCAGGCCAGGCAAGAGCCGGAAGCGAAAAGUAGAGGCAAUAGAAGACGAAGAGAGUUAUGUGGACUGCGUAGCCAUCAGCCAUGAAUUCACCGAUCACUGCCACAAAGAAACCCUCCUCGAAGUCCACGGCGACGUCCCCGUCUUCGCAACAGAGCAAGCCGCCAAACUCAUAUCCUCUUGGUCCCACUUCCGCACCGUAGUCACAACCCCAACCUUCCCCUCCAACGCCGACUGGCACGACUACAGCCUCCCGCCCCUCCCCUCCUGGCUCUCCAUCUCCCGCCUCACGGCCCCCAACGACGCCCUCUUCUACCACUCCGCCCUCCUCAUAACCUUCUCCACGCACCCCUUCCUCUCCAGCUCCACCCCCAGAAAACGACUCUCAACACUCAGCAUCAAUGGCGACGGCGCCGAACAAGACUUUGCUUCUUCUCCUUCUUCUUCUGCCACCAGCGAAGCCGCCGAAUGCGUCAUCUACACGCCCCACGGCAUCCCUCACACCGCCCUCGAACCCAUUGCCACUGCGGAACCGGCGCUGCAUACGCUAGCGUUUUUGCACGGGCUUCACGACGUUUCAAUCUCUGCAGCCCAACAACUUAACUUGGGUGCGAAAAACGGGGUUCUGGCGCAAAGGCUGGUCAAGGCCAAGUAUUGGGUUGGCACGCAUGAUGAGGUUAAGAAGGGGGGAGGGUUUGUGAGUUGGUUUUUACGCAGGAAAGUGUGGAGGGUUGAGGAUGCGAUUCGUGAGGUUGGUGGGGAGGGUGAGGUGGAGGAUGUGCGGUUUAGGGAGGUGGGGAAUGGGGAGAGUAGGGUGCUUGAAUAGAGCUCGUCCCCCCCCCUUUUAUUCUCUGUUAUAUUGGUAGAUUUUAUUUUAUUUUCCCCCCAAAGUGUAGAUAUAUAUCCAUAUCCCCUUUUGUUGUCGAAUCUCUAUUCUCUCUCUUUAUGGGGGCUAUGUGGAUAGGUUAGAUGUGUAGCCCAUACACCCAAUAUCCCUCCCUCCAUCCUCCAUUCAACCACACCUUCUCACUCUCCCUCCACCCCACUCGUUCAAAUCCUAACUUCUGUAUCAGAGCUAGACUCCCUGCGUUCUCGUCAUCUACCGCCGCCUCCACGUAACCCCUCCCUUUCCCUCCACUCUGCUGUCCUACAGCUGCAGAGUAGGCAUUGAGUAAGCCGCGAUUCGCCUCAGUGCCGUAACCCCUCCCCCACGCUGCAGGGAAGAACGCGUAGCCUAGAGCGCGCAGGUGGAAGUCUUGUUCUUCUUCGGCUUCGUUCUGGUCUUCUGGAUCGGGGGAGCCAGUGUGGCGG